AUGCUGCGUGCGAGCGAUAGAGAUCGCCUCUUUCUUCUCGUGAGGCGGGUGUCAGGCCUCGAGGAGCAGCCACCUGUUCGAAAUGGAGAACGAGGCGCUGCCGAUGCCUUAAAGUUUUGA